AUGAGGAAACAUGACAACAUCCUGGCUGUUGGAGUGGCAAGGAAAGGAGAGAGGGGCUAUGCGAGGAAGCGGAACAGGGAGGUCCCGUGGGAUGGGACGCUGGGGUCCGGGGCAGAGCAGAGUGUCCGUGGCUGUUAUGCAGCAGGUGCAGACUGCUCUCUCGCUGAGUCUUGACUCCACAAACCCAACGACUGGCCAAGGCAGUGGCUGGCCCUGGAUUACACAAGCGCAGACUCUCAACUAAGUGAGCUGGAAGACCCAGGAGAAGGCCGGGCCUCAGGUGCCCACAUGAUCAGCACAGCCAGGGUACCUGCAGAUAAGCCAGUACGCAUCGCGUUUAGCCUCAAUGAUGCCCCAGAUGAUACGCCGUCUGAAGAGGCCAUUCCUUUGGUCUUCCCAGAGUUAGAGCAACAGCUCCAGCCUUUGCCGCCUUGUCACGACUCCGCAGAAUCCAUGCAGGUGUUUAAACAGCACUGCCAAAUAGCGGAAGAGUACCAUGAAGUCAAAAAGGAGAUCGCCUUGCUUGAGGAAAGGAAGAAGGAGCUCAUUGCCAAGCUGGACCAGGCAGAGAAGGAGAAGCUGGAUGCUGCUCAGCUGGUGAGGGAAUUUGAGGCCCUGACAGAGGAGAACCGGACGCUGAAGAUGGCCCAGUCUCAGUGUGUAGAGCAACUGGAAAAACUCAGAAUCCAGUAUCAGAAGAGGCAGGGCUCCUCCUAACAUCAGCCGAUGAAAUGUGAGCGAGGUUGCUGACUGCUAUGCGCUGGCCAAAAGGAUUUGCAUCUUAAGGAACAGAGAGUAAAAUCUAUUGCUUCUCUUUAUUACCCACAUGGCAAAUGUCUAGAAUGAGUUUAGUGCCGCCUAGCUUCUAGCUCAAGAGAGGGAUAUUUUAAGCGAGGUCAUUAAUGCAAAGCUAUCGCCAGUAUAUAUUUUCAGAGAUCAAGAGUUCUUUUUUCCAAAUAUAUACGUAUAUAUAUAUAUAUCUUAGAAAGAUAUGAUCAUACUGUACAUUAUAGUAGAAAAUAAUAAAAAUAGAAUAUUGACUGGCCCCACCGAAAGUCAUGCGCCAUAAAACAAGCCAGUAGGGUGUUCACUGUAGUUUCACAUCUGUGCAUCUAAAAAUUCUAUGCCUUUUCAUAUUUCAAGUCCGCUCAGCUACAAACCAUGAAAACUAGCUGUGUUCGGUAGAGUCAGAUGUAACUCUUCAGUGACUGAUUGUCCUAAGAACAAAUGGUUGUAUAGCCUAAGUGCUUUCUCGUGAAACUAUCAGCAGUCGUGCGUCCUUGCCCAAAGCUCACUGGCCAGCGCUGAUUUGUGUAAGGAAGAAUCAAGGCUGACCGUGCUUUCUUCCCUCGGGGUUAACACGCAGUGGACACGUUUGCGUUGGCCGUGUCGGUCUUUGGGAUCUGGGCGCGGGGAAAGUGGAAGCUAUGGUUCAGACCCCACACACCAUUGAGUGUCUGUAAGCCCGGUGAGAGGAUAUAACUAGUGCUCGGGAUCUCAGGAGAUAGGUUAGACCAGUGAGGCUGACGGGAAUGUGGCGUGAAUGCAGAAUUAGAGAGCACGAUCUCCCUUCGUUCCGGCUCCCACACCUUCCCCCGCCCAUCUUUGUUUUGUGUCCGUUUCCAGUCACGUGACUCCUUUUUCAUUAAACGUGGAUCCAAAGUGCG